UAUUUAAUCAGUAGCUGUCAUAUAUUAAGUGUAUAAUCUAUGGUAGCUGUCGAACUUUCUUCUGUUUGUGGUUCCUCUGUCCGCUAAAUCGUAUUUAAAAGUUAUAUUAUUUUUAGUAGCUAUUAAAUCACCCUGAUUAAUACACCUUGAAAUAAUAAAAUUAAUAACCUACCUAUGAAGUGGGUUAAUUGCUCUCAAACAUGCCCAUGAAGAUGAUGAAAGAGAAUAUCCUCCCACAACCUCCACUGUCAACAUGGUGGCUAUUUGUGGCACUUGCUGCUACAGGCUUAUCAUUAUACGGAGUAUCAUUAAUAGAUUAUGCAUUACCAGAACCACUGACUAGAGCAGCUCCAGUUGAGAAGUUCAUUGCAGACAUAGCUUAUGAGCAUCUUGUCAAUUUGACUUCUAUUGGCCCUAGGGUGGCCGGUAGCUAUGAAAACGAGGUGUUGGCCAUCAACAUACUAGUGGGGGCUGUCAAACAGAUAGCCCGAGAGGCAUCUCCCCACAAUAGAGUGGAGCUAGACCUUCAAGUAGCAAGCGGUGCCUUCUCACUCACAUUCCUUGAUGGAAUGACCAACGUAUACCACGGCGUUCAGAACGUGGUGGUCCGCGUGUCGGGGGCGGGGGGCAGGCCGCGCGGCCGCCGGAGAACCGCGAUACUCCUCAACUGUCACUUCGACACGGUCCCCGAUAGUCCAGGAGCCAGCGACGACGGAGCCGGGUGCGCGGUGCUGCUGGAGGUGAUGCGCGCCCUGGCGGCCACCCCGCACCCGCUGCGCCACGACGUCAUAUUCCUGCUCAACGGCGCCGAGGAGAACAUUCUGCAGGCCUCGCACGGCUUCAUCACGCAGCACAAAUGGGCCAAGUCGGUGCGCGCCUUCAUCAACAUUGAGGCGUGCGGCGCGGGCGGGCGCGAGGUGCUGUUCCAGGCGGGGCCCGACGACCCCUGGAUCAUGGAGGUGUACGCGGCCGCCGUCCCGCACCCCUUCGCGUCGUCGCUGGCGCAGGAGCUGUUCCAGAGCGGCCUCAUCCCGGCGGACACCGACUUCAGGAUAUUCAGGGACUUCGGGAAGCUCUCAGGCGUGGACCUCGCGUGGAGCUCGAACGGCUACGUGUACCACACCGGCCUGGACACGGCCGACAACAUCCCCAAGUCCGCGCUGCAGCGCACCGGCGACAACGUGCUGGCCCUCACGCGGGGAAUGCUCUCCAGCGAGAAUCUAGAGAAAGAGGUGGACAAGUCAGGGCAGCUGGUGUACUUCGACGUGCUGGGCGCGGUGGUGAUCUCCGGGCGGGCUCCGCUGGCCGCGCUGGCGGUGCUCGCAACCAUCGCGCUCCUGCUGCUCAAGAUACACGUCAACGCCACUAGAGCCAAGAAGGCGCUGUACACGCGGCGCGGCUGGUGGUGGCGCGGCGUGGGGCGCGCGGCGGCGGCGCAGUGCGCGGCGGCGUGCGGCGGCGUCGCGGCGUCGUGCGCGGUGGCCGCGGCGCUGUGCGUGCUGCGGCGCCGCCUCGCCUUCUACUCGCGCGCCUGGCUGCUGGCGCCGCUGUACGCCCUGCCCGCCCUGGCGGUGUCGUGGUGGGUGUUGCUCCGGCUGCAACCCCGCGAGGGUGCGCUGGUGCGGGGCUGGUGGCGCGGGCGGCUGCAGCACGACGCGGGGGCGGCGCUGUGGGGCGCGCUGCUGCUGCUGUGCGCCGCGUGCGGCCUGCGCUCCGCCUUCCUGCCCUUGCUCUGGACCCUACUGCCGACCCUCGCUGAUUUGGUGCCUUUAGGCGCGCCGGUCCCGCGCUGGUGGUGCGGCAGCGCCGUGUGCGUGCUGCAGUCGUGCUACCUGUCCGUGGGCUCGCUGCGCAUGUUCGUGCCCGUGCUGGCCCGCGCCGGCGCCCGCGCGCUGCCCGCCGACAUGGCGGCGGCGGCGCUGGUGGCGGCGCUGUCGCUGGGCGCGGGCGGGUGGCUGCUGCCGCUGGCGGUGAGCGCGCGCCGCCCGCACCGCCUGAUCCGCGGCAUGCUGGCGGGCGCGGCGCUGUGCGUGCUGGCGGUGUGGGGCGGCGCGGCGCCCCCGUACAGCGCGGCGCGGCCGCAGCGCGUGAUGCUGUUCCACACGCGGCGCUGGGAGCACGUGGGCGCGCGCGUCCAGGAGCUGCCCCCGGUCUACUGGCUCCCGGACCUCGACGACAACUCGCCCUCGUCCCUCCUACAGUAUGUGCCGGAGUUCCGUGGCGCGUCGCCCGUGGGUGAGUGCGGCGGGCGGCUGUACUGCGGCGCGCCCUACUACCUGCCCGUGCUGUCGCUCAUCCCCGCGUCGCACCGCCUGCCCGCCCCCGCGCCGCCCCGCCCCGCCGCGCGCGCUGACGUCACCGCCGCCGCGCUCGACGCCACCACGCACGCCGUCUCGCUCAACGUCACGGGUCCGUGCAGCCGCCUCCGUCUCCGCAUUCAACAGCCACGCCAUUACGGAUCCUCCCGAUCCAUUAACGAUGCUUUUAGGUCCCGCGCACAUAGUGAUAAUAGCGUCCCCGGUAGAGGGGGCCCGGAUAUCCUGGACCAACGUGGUCCCCGAGCUGCAGGAGUCCACCCCCUGGGGCUCGCGGCGCACGUACUUCAUAGCGCUGCACCGCGCGCGGGAGCCGGCGCCCUGGCACCUCCAGCUGCACAUCCAGCACAACUUCAAGACCCCUCCUUCGCACUGGCUGGACCUGUCCAUAGCGGGCCACAGUAUGUUCGGGGAUCAGAAGCUACACCCGGAUCACGAAAGAUUGUUGAAGUCCUUACCACCCUGGGUGGCCGCCACCGGCUGGGGGGUCGACUUACAUUUGUACACGGUGUAGUUGCUGUGUAAUUCGUGGUUCACGAUGAGCCGAACUGUGUGCUUAGUGCGAGUUUCUUAACAUUCUCGACAGGGUAAAAAUUAGUCAAUUUUGUAUGCGGUGGUUGGAACAGCGCCCCUAGCGGCAAACGUACGCGAACUAUCCCAUUCCAUACAAAUAUGAGCUAACUUUUACGAUAUCGAGAACGUUAAAAAACGCGCACUGAUCGGCUACCGUGCUCAGACCGAACGAAGGCCGAACGAAAAAGUCCGAUUGAUUUUUUUUAUUUACAAAAUAUGAAAUCUGAAGAUAGAUUGUGUCGAUUACAAUAACAUUUAAACCAUUUUUAUGUUUUGCCGUAAAUAUUAAUAGUUUUUUUAAGGAAUUUUAUGACCUGGUAACUAAGACCUUUAAGCCAAGACUUAUUUUAAUUUUAAUGAAAACUACACUAUGACUUUUUUAUAUAUGAAAAAUGUAAAUAUGAAGUGAAAUGAAACAUGGCAUGCCAUGAAAUGAAAUGAAAUGAGAUGAAAUAUAAUCUCAGUAAAAUGGUGGUUAUUUACGGAAACUUUUUCCGUGAACUUUUUGUAGGACCUCGAGAAGCUACGUUCAGCGGCUUUGUUUUAUUUUCCCACAUUUGUGCACUUUCACGGGUACUAAACAGUUUAUAAACCACUGUUAUUGCACAUUUAAAUCUAAAGAAACACCAAAUAGACAAAAUAAAACAAAUCACACAACUUCACUCCUCGUGUUCCCACCAAAAAGUCAAAAUAUUAAUAAAGAAAACUUGAUAGGCAUAGGGUUGAAACCAUAAACCGACCUUCUUCUUCUUCUUUUUUUAACUAUGACAAUCAGCUUCUCGCAAUUAUAUUGCCAGUGUCGAGUUUAUAAAAAUCUUCAAUUAUUCAACACACAUGUACAUAUGUAUAUUGUUUACUAAAUUUAAAAGUAUAUGAACCAAAAUGAGAUAAUAAUAAAAUGAAGCAACACGAGAUGAAAUAAAGUCUCGCUAACAUUCAGUGGAUUAUUUGGAAGAACCCGAAAAGCGACGUCCAAAGACUUUGUUUCAAUUUCCUACAUUUGAACUAUAGAUGCUGAACGAUUAAUAGCCACCAUUAUUACACGUUUAAACCUGUAGAAAUGCGAAGUUAAUAAAAUAAAACAAAUUCACGGAACGUCACUCCUCGGGUUCCCGCCAAAAAGUCCCUAGACUGAACUUCUUGUUAGAGGAAAACAAUAUUCAUUACGCAGAACACAUAUUCAUAUGCUCUCCAUGGGGCUAAAAUGCUAAAUAGCCUUCAGACGGUUAUAACUUAAACCUAAACUUUGUUUCCGGAGCGGUUCUCUUAGCACGAGAAAAUAUUAUGUUAUCCAUUUUACUAACUGGGGCUUAAAUGACUAAUGACCGCGGCCUCAUUGAAGCGGCUGUAAGUUCGACACUGACGAUGUAUAGUGCUCACUGGUGCUCACGGCGCACGCGGCCUGUAUGCGUCGACAUUGUUAAUAUUGUUGCCACCUGUUUCAUUUUAAUCGCUAACACUCGCAUAAAUUAGAACCCAUAAUAUCGAGGGGUGAAGGGAGUGAAGGGUAUGGAUUAAGUGACAUUUCGAUUAACACGCGACAUUUAUUCUUGUAAUCAAAGGUUCGUUUUAUUUUGUAUUAGCAUCAACAAUUCGAUAUUUUUAAUUACACUUCAAUUAAGUUUAUCCCAUUCAAAGAGUUGAAGUUUUAUUUUUAAGUUGUAUUUUUUUCCAAAUUUUAAACUUUAAAUGGCUGUCUUGUAAAGUUGCAAAAAUGUCGCUUAUACCAAAUAGACUUUUAGGUACCCCUCGAUAAUAAUAAGUCGAUAAUUAAUAUGUAUUAUUAAUUAAUUAAUUUCAUCUGUAUCUGCAUCUGUCCAUCGGCACUAAAAUUAAAUAGCGGUUAACUUUCUAUUUAAUUCUCUAAUAUAUUGUUACGGGUUUUUAAGAUAGUCUUAAUUUAUUCUUUUUUUUAAACCAAUAAAUGGUAGUGGUUUAUGAUUAUUCCGAAAUGGAAUUUGACAGUAGAUGGUUUUAAAAAAAAAGUGGUGUCUAUGUCGCGCCGUAUGGCGGGAACGGUAAUUAACUUUUUAAAUUGUUUUUAUAUUUUAGAAUAAUUGUCGUUUUUUUUUUGGUUACAUGUAAAUACCAGUGAAUCCUUUAAAAAUGUGUUUUAUUGAUCUUUACCGUGUAUCAAAAUGUUAAAGAUGUGUAGAUUCUUAUACAUUAACAUUUAUAGUGUCUCACUCGCGUCAACGUAAUUUUUAUAGCACGCAUUAUUUUGUAUCACGACUGAGCCACUGGGAGAGUUCAUAUCGUUAUGUUCCAGCACUAACGGCUUCUGUCUUGUGCCCUCGCGCUCACAGCUCUCAGAGGAUGAGCGAUCCACCAUAUUGUAGUUUUCUGAAAUUCUACUUAAAUUUCAAACAAUUGAGACCCUUUUUUCCCUUGGGGACAGUAAUGUAAUAAAUUUUAUUUUAUUUACCCGAAUGCGAAACAAUUUAUUUAUUUAUUUUAAGGACACGAUACCAAUUUGUUUUAUUUUAAAGCGUUAUGUGUUGUAACUUUGUAUUUUAUUAUUUUUGUUAUAGGAGUGUUUACAAAGUGUGUCACGUUUUUAAUGGUUGUCUGUGUUUCUUCACGUCAGUAUUGUUUGCGAGUAACCACAGUUAAGGUAAUUUAGCCAUGAUAAUAAUUUUCGUAAUCCAAGGUCUAUUAUUAAUGCACAGUUAUACAUGUUCGUAAUGUUGGAUUUCAGGACGUUCAGAGCACGGUCCCGUAUUUCGAACUAACUACUUAAUUAAUCUUGUGUACGUACCCUUGAAAUAUUUGAAAAUUUAACGAACAUUUAAAAUAAAUAAAAAAUAUGACCUGGAAAAGAAAUGCAAAAUAUCAUUGAAACUAUAAAUAGAAUAUUGGUAACAUUGUAAUUUAUUAUAAAGACGGGUGCAAACGUAAGGCUGUCAGAAGUCCCCGAGCGUGAGGACCGUAUGCGGACGGCAUUAAUGAAUAAUUUUCAUCACAGUGUAUCAAACGGGAUCGUACAUUUUUCGAACAGUAACUUGAAUCAUAAAAGUGUGUUUUUGAAUUUCUGAUGUGGCGAUGAUUACUAUACUUUUUUUGGCCGUGGGCCGAACCGCCUACGAGGUCCCCGCGCCUAGGGACCGCGUGGUGUAUGGGACGAUCCGCAGAUGGGAGCUGAUCGCGGGCCCAAAGAUAGUAAUAAUUAAGAGACCUGGUGUUUGGAACCUCAACCGUUACGUAACGAUUAUAUGUUGAAUAAAUGAUUUUUUUUUUUGUUUGA